CAUUAGGGCCACCUGACCAGAGUUGGCGGCGAUAUGCCUUAGGUAAAGCGGGAUUGGGCUCUAGUCCGGACUGCCAUUGGCAUAGUCUAAUCUACCGCAGCGUCGCCAGCGAAGGCUCUCCGUAUGCAUUCAACAGCUGGUGGUUAACCAUCAGGGAUAUUGCCGAUGUAAAGUAGCGGUGCGCAGAAUUCUUCUCUCAUUGCUAUUGACGUCCUGCCGGGCCGAGUCGCCGGUAUCUCCGCCGUUUUGCCGCGUUUGCUUCUCGUUUUCUGCUGAAACAAGUGAUUGCUGACGCCAGCACACGCGUGCGGUAAGCCCAAUCGUUUACCGUAUAUGUCAUCCAUCGGCAUUAGGUAGGCGUUCCGCUUGCACGCACCCAACAGAUGACAUUGUGACUUUGCCAUCCCUGGUUUACGUCGUCGGAACUGUCCACAGAUUCCCUUCCUAUUCUAUCAGCGCCGUGUGUCCAUGGACGAUAGCACCACUAUCUACCUACAUUCAACUCUCCCAAUCUCUGUUUCCGGAAGAUAUGGACAUACUACAGACUGGUACCAACACGCAGCGAGGUGGACGUGCUCAAUAGCUUAGCUUGAUAUUCCUUGAUGGCUGAGGGAGAUAUGCGUGGUUCCACGCACGGCAACUGAGCGAUCUAAUCAAGAGAUGCACUGUUAAUUAACAUCAAACGUCGUUUCAUUACGAUGGAGGCUGUUAUCGCCUGUACAUUGAGAGCUAGACUGACAUCAUAGGUGGACAUUAAAAAGAUCGCCUGUGAAAAGAAAGCUAUUGAUCCGUGUAGCCUCCUAGACGCCGCGCUUCGCUCUGUGGAUCUCCUGGGGUGAAAGGCCAGCUUUGUACCCACAACAUCGGCUGAACUCCAGGACAACCUUGCCAAGUUUGCACAGAGACCGGCCUAAUCUUUAUUAAGCGUGCACCGCACCAUUGUAGUGCCGCUGGCGACGUGUUCGGCGUACCGUGCGGGGAAUAGCAAUCGCCCAAACCCCAACAUCAACAACCGGAGCAAGAUUGAUUCAAGUAAGGUCGUGGGGAGGGAAAACCUGACGAUGUCGCACCUACCAGAUAAAUUGAGCCACCCGUUUGUUGUCCUCCUGUCAAUUCUGUGUACCGCCCCGCUGGUGCGGACCAGAGAGCCGGUGGUGAGAAUCGGGGGAGGCGAAGACUCUCCUACCCUCCGCGGAACUCUAGUUAACCUGGACAAUAGUGAUACGGAGUUGGUUCCUGUGGAAAAAUACCUCGGUAUUCCCUAUGCUGAGCCACCGACCGGAAUGUAUCGCUUCAAGCAAGCGAAGUUACAAGCACCGAAAUGGACUGGCGAGCGAAACGCUACCAGGUUUGGUCCGGCGUGCAUGCAGGCAGUACGGAAAACAACCAUGACCACGCCUUCAUGGACUCGUCAACAAGUUGCCUCCAUGCAACCAUAUCUCCAAACCCUUAACGAGGACUGCCUGUUCUUGAAUAUCUACAGGCCCAUCAAUAAAGACGGUACGGAGAUGAGAAACCGGACGGUGAUGGUGUUUAUUCACGGCGGCUGGUGGUCCACGGGAACCGGGGCUAUGUACAACGGCACCAUCCUGGCCAGCUACGGGAAGGUCAUUGUUGUUACCUUCAACUACAGGCUGGGGAUAUUUGGUAAAGUUACAUUUUCUUUCAUGUACUAA